AUGAAUAUGAAACCUAAUGUCUUUGAGGUGAUGUGGGAUUUGCUUAUGAAGGAAUUCAAUCUUGAAGACACGAGAUGGUUUAAAGACAUGCUUACAAAAUGUGAUUCAUGGAUACCUGGAUAUUUUUUUAACGAUAUCCCACUGUGUGGGUUGAUGAAGACUACGUCGAGGUCAGAGAGUAUGAAUUAUUUCUUUAAUACCUACUCUGAAAGUGAGAAUUUACUUUUGAAUUUCAAGAUGAAUUACAACACUACUAUUCAAAAUCAAAUGAAUACUCAACGAGAGCUUGAUAAGGAAACAAAGAAAGCAUCAUAUAAAAUGGAAACACCUCGAGAAAUAGAACUACAAGCAUCAAAAGUUUAUACAAAUGGGUGGGAAGUUUAUAGUGUGCAACACAACAGUAAACAUGAAUUUAAAAAUGAAUUCAUGGUUAAAAUAAAAGUUGAAGAGAAAGAAAUAAAUUACAAUUGUGAAUAUUUCAUAGAAGAAAAAAAGAAGUUGGAUUUGUUUGUUGAGAAACAAAAAAUAUUGUUGAAGGGAACUGAUAGUGAUUAUACAUCUGUUGGAUUGAAAAGCAAGACGGAUGGUGAAGUCGUAUGCAAGCUUAUGAGUGUUUCUGUUCCUAUUCCAGAAGAGAUUAAUAUUCAUGUUCGACAAGUUCAAAACAACAAAGGUUCUAAAAUCAAGAAAAGAAUUCCAAGUGCAGGUGAAAUAGCAUAUGUUAAUUCUAAAAAAGAACAUAAAAUGUGCUUAGGAUGUGGAGAACAAGUUUCUCACAAUUUACGUACAUGUUCGGUAACUAUUGCAAUUGCUCAAUCAACACAAGACAUCUAG